AUGCUGUACUCAAAAGGGCUUCUUUCAUUGCCUUCAAACCCCAAAAUUGGAGCUUUCAAUCCACAGUUAUCACCGAGUUUAAGGUACAGAUUGAACCCCAAAAACCCUUUAGUAAAUCAGAAUCAUAGCAGAAUCAACCCCUCUUUAGCUCUUGAUGGCUUCUCAAAAUUUCAAGAAUUCUUGAAAAAACCUCAGUCCACUACCCAGAAGAAUGGGAAUUAUUUCAUUUGUAGAGCUGAGGCUGUUUCAUCUUAUGGGGGGGAGCCUUUGUCUGAAAAAUUUAUGGGAAUUGAGCUUGUGACCUUAAAGAAAAUUAUCCCACUUGGCUUGAUGUUUUUCUGUAUUCUGUUCAACUACACAAUUCUGAGGGACACUAAGGAUGUCUUGGUGGUGACUGCUAAAGGUUCGAGUGCCGAAAUCAUACCUUUCUUGAAAACAUGGGUGAAUUUGCCUAUGGCUGUUGGGUUCAUGCUCUUGUACACCAAAUUGGCUAAUGUGCUGUCCAAAAGGGCUCUCUUUUACGCAGUUAUUCUUCCGUUUAUAGCCUUUUUCGGGUCGUUUGGGUUCGUGUUGUAUCCUCUCAGCCCGUAUUUUCAUCCAACGGGCCUUGCGGAUAAGCUUCUUGAUGUUUUGGGCCCGAGGUUUAUCGGGCCUCUUGCGAUUAUGAGGAUAUGGAGUUUCUGCUUGUUUUAUGUGAUGGCUGAACUUUGGGGAAGUGUUGUUAUCUCUGUUCUCUUCUGGGGCUUUGCUAAUCAGAUCACUACUGUUGAGGAAGCAAAGAAAUUUUACCCUCUCUUUGGACUCGGUGCGAAUGUGGCCCUUGUUUUCUCAGGUCGAACCGUGAAAUAUUUUUCUCAGCUAAGGCAAAACCUUGGUCCGGGUGUCGAUGGCUGGGCCGUAUCUUUGAAGGGAAUGAUGAGUAUUGUGGUUUUGAUGGGGCUUAUGAUAUGUUUUCUUUAUUGGUGGGUGAAUAAAAAUGUUCCUCUUCCCACUCGUAGCCACAAGAAAAAGGAAAAGCCGAAAAUGGGAACAAUGGAGAGCUUAAAGUUUUUAGUAUCUUCAAGAUAUAUAAGAGAUCUGGCUACUCUUGUUGUGGCAUAUGGUAUUAGCAUCAACCUCGUUGAGGUUACAUGGAAAUCAAAGCUUAAAGCCCAGUUCCCAACGCCGAACGAGUACUCAUCAUUCAUGGGCGAUUUCUCGACUGCUACCGGUAUAGCCACUUUUACCAUGAUGCUUCUGAGCCGUUGGAUCUUCGACAAAUACGGUUGGGGGGUCGCAGCUAAGAUCACGCCCACUGUCUUGCUCUUGACGGGCUUUGCUUUUUUCUCUCUCAUUCUUUUCGGGGGCCCAUUUGGUCCUGCCCUUGCUAAAUUCGGAAUGAGCCCACUUUUGGCGGCCGUGUACGUUGGGGCAAUGCAGAACAUUUUCAGCAAGAGCGCGAAAUACAGCUUAUUUGAUCCGUGCAAAGAGAUGGCUUACAUUCCACUCGAUGAGGACACCAAGGUUAAAGGGAAGGCCGCUAUAGACGUUGUAUGCAAUCCUUUGGGGAAAUCGGGAGGCGCCUUAAUCCAGCAAUUCAUGAUUCUUACCUUUGGGUCCCUUGCGAACUCGACUCCUUAUUUAGGUGGCAUACUUCUAUUAAUCGUUCUUGCAUGGCUUGGUGCCGCCGAGUCUUUGGACGGCCAAUUCACGGCAUUGAGGCAAGAGGAGGAGCUCGAGAAAGAGAUGGAAAGGGCCGCCACAAAAAUCCCGAUCAUGUCCAAAGAUGAAAUCUACAAUAAAAAUGAUAAUAAUAAUCAUAAUAAUAAUAGUAAUAUCAUCAUUGAUGAUGGCCCUUUUACGGGUGAGUCGAACCUAAACCCUACGGGAGGUGACACGUCCAGUGCCUCUUCUCCUAGAAGCGCUUGA